AUGGUUUCACCGACGAUCCAGACCACUGAGGCAACCGCAAUCGUGAAAGUAUUCCUAGAGACACAUUUUCAUACUCUCUUAUCCGGGCUCGAUGCACGAACACAGCGUCGAUUGGAGCUAGAUCAGUACAUUGAGACCUUUCCUCUCAGCCCAGAAGAGGUGGUUCGUGUCAGGAAACACUGGGUCACUCAAGAGCGAGAUUAUCUUCGCCAAUAUCGAGUCCUGAAGAGUCGCCCGCAAGACAAAACCUCUCGCGCUGGAACUGCUUCUCUCGCAGGCUUCGAACCCCUCAAGAUAUUGGGAAGAGGAAGUUUCGGUGUCGUUCGGCUGGUGAGAGAGAAACGCACCGACGAGCAGACUCAGUCGGGUCGAGUUCCGCUUGCCCCCAAAACUAACCACCGUCAAGCAAUGACGGGGGUGAAAAAGGAUGUCUUUGCCAUGAAAGUUAUCAGGAAAUCAGUGAUGAUUCGGAACUGCCAAGAGGCUCAUCUGAGAGCUGAACGCGACUUUUUAGUCGCUUCUGCUAAAUCCCGCUGGGUGGUUCCUUUGAUCGCCAGCUUUCAGGACCAGAAACAUCUCUAUCUGGUCAUGGACUAUAUGGUUGGUGGUGAUUUCCUUGGCUUGCUGAUUCGACAUAACAUACUACGUGAGAGCAUUGCCCGGUGGUAUGUCGCAGAGAUGAUUCUGUGUAUUGAAGAAGCGCACCGGCUUCGCUGCAUCCACCGUGACGUGAAACCUGACAACUUUCUUAUCUCUGAAUCUGGUCAUCUGAAAAUAUCAGACUUUGGUCUGGCCUUCGACGGACACUGGGCGCACGACCAGUGGUACUUUACUUAUCAACGUCACUCCUUACUCAAGCGGUUGGGCAUCCAGAUCGACGGUGACGCUGAAGACCAGAAACUGUCGCACGACGCAAACAUACAGUCCCUUGGCACAACUCGUGAGGAUGGAAGCAUGGAAGAUGACUGGAUUCACCCUCCCACCAACGGCCUCCUGCACUGGCGUGACAAGAACCAAACCCGAACGAUGGCAAGAAGUGUCGUCGGGACGAGUCAGUACAUGGCUCCAGAAGUCAUUCGCGGCCACCCUUAUGACGGUCGAUGCGAUUGGUGGAGCCUCGGCGUCAUACUAUAUGAGUGCUUGUAUGGUUUCACUCCUUUCGCUUCCGAGGAUCGUCAUCAGACAAAACUCAAGAUUCAUCGUCACCUCCAGACAUUGUACUUCCCAGUCCACCGACCCACGGACAAACUGGUAUCAGCAGACGCGAUUGAUGUGAUAAACUCCCUUCUUCAAGAGAAGGAGUUCCGCUUGUCUUCACCCAAAUACAAACAAAACGACGCUAUUAGUUCCAAGCCGGCAAAGUGUUCCUUCUAUAAGCCGGACUCUUCGAAUCCGAGUUAUCAAGGUCAUUACGUCUACCCCGAUGAUGCGACAGAUAUCAAAUCUCACCGGUUUUUUCGUGGGAUUAACUGGGAGCAGAUUCAUCGCACGUCUCCACCUUUUAUUCCUAUGGUCAGAGGGUGGGAAGACACACGGUAUUUCGAUGACGGCGAACAUCCUAGCGACCGCGAAGACGACUCUUCUGACUCCGAGCUGGAUGGAGUCCAGGAUAAAUGGCAUCCGCUUGGCGGCAAGGGAGGGCUUCAUAAGCCUGACAAGCCUUUGAAGGCAGAUGUUAAACCCAGUUCGUAUCCGAAAGGAAAUGAUGGCGCCAAAGACACUGCGAUCGCUUCUCUGAAGCACAAGAAGAGACUAAAGGAGGCAAAACGGGCUCGAGACAAGAUCCUAAGGGAUAAGCGGCUUCGGAGAACUGUACUAGAAAUGCUUAGAUGCCUGGUUGUUGUUGCAGCCACGUAA